UGCGCGUAGACCGAAAUGGAUAUAAAUCAAAACAAUCUUUAACAACUAGUUCAACCAAUUAACACUACUAACCAACUCAAUUAAUGAUAUAAGAACCCCAAUGUCACUUGACGGUAGACUAAUACGAAAGGAGUCCCGAAUAAGAGGUUCAGGAACCAGAAAUGUACAAGUUAAUGAAUUUAAUAUUGCAUCUAAAAGAAAGAAGAAACUUCCUAGAGGAGUGGAUAAUUUAAAGUCAGCAUUAAUUAAUCCAGAUAGUAUUGAAAAUUUGCCUAGAUUAAGAACAAGAUCAACUAGAACAGUAACAAAUUCAAAUGGUAAUGAACCUAUAAAUGAGAGAUCAAGUACAACCACCAGUAAAUUAAAUUUACAAGCUAGUGAAAAGCAUAAAGUUCCAGUUUCAAGAAUCACACUGCUUGAAGAUACCAAUGAGAAUACAACUCCUGCUCAUCAAAUACAGCAAUCUGUAUAUGAUGAAAUAGAUCUUUUUAAUAAUAAUAAUAAUAAUAUUUCAGAGAAUGAGUAUGGUGAUAAUUUAAAUUAUGAUAUAAAUGAUAGUAUAUAUGAAGAACAAUCUCAACCAGAUCAAGUGAGCAUUCAAUCACUGACUAAGAGGCGACCUGGGAGACCGAAAAAAGUUAUAAAACCUCGAGAUGCUAAUAAGAGACCAAAAGGUAGACCCAGAAAAGUUGUAUCACCAGUCACCUUUCCAGAUGAGAUACCAACAAGAAAACCAAUACCAAGACAUAGUAAACCCACCAAAUUGAAUGAAAUACCGAGUGAUGAUGAUUUAGAGGCAUCAUUAGAGAAUGAUACUAUAGAAUAUAAUUCAAAUUCAAACCCAACUACACUUGUUAAUCGUACUUUAAAAGGAAGAUCUCGUCUAAAGGAUAUAUUAAGUGGUGGUUCUAAUGUUGAACCAGCUAACAUACAAGAAAAGAUUGCCAAAAUAUCAAAGAAUGUUAAUGAAAGACAACGAAGUCUAGAUAAAUCUAAAUCUCAAAGUAAUAGUGGUUCAAGAAGAGUACUUCGAUCAAGAGUAACUCCAAUACCAACGACGCCUCAAGCAGCUCCUAUACCACUUUCAAAGACUAGAAUAAAAGAAAAACAAAAACCAUUAACAAUUGAUAUUGAGAGAUUAAAGGAUGAUAAUAAUCGUGAUAAAAGAUUUAAGAUCAAUACAUUAGAUGUAUUAAGUCAUUUAAUUAAACAAUUUGAACCUCAAGAACAAAAAUCAAAAUUAAUUAAAGAACAUAUCUUACAAGAAGAAUUUAAGGCUCACGUUCUUUCUCAAGUACAAUAUUUGCAGGACAUUUAUUCUACUAUUGGAGAUCUCGGAUCAAGGAUUUCACAAGUUCAAAAAUUAAAGAAUCAGUAUCGUAAGAGAAUAUUUGAUUUACGAAAUGAUCAUGCUAAUGUUGGUAAUGAAUUAAAUAUUAUAAGACAAAAUUAUCAACAAGAUAAGAAAAAGAUUGAAGAUCUUGGGUUUAUAAAUGAACAAUUACAGACUAUAAUACAAUCAGCUCAAUCAACUCAAUCAGAGGAGGAGAAUAAUAAUAGUAAUAAUAAUAAUAUUGAUAAUUUAGUUCAAAAUGAACUAGUGGAUCUUAAUAGAAUAAUUAAUCCUCAAGGAGGUAUAUUUAACAAACUAAAAGUUAUAAAUGAGAAAUUAACUCUUAUAAAUACUGCUCUUGAAGAGUAAAUAGUUUAUAGUAUAUACGAAU